AUGCAAGAGGACAUGACAUAUCCGGCUGGAUGCCGUCCAGUUACAGAUGAUCUGGGUCCAGAUGAACUUAUUCGCCGAUUAAAAACUUUAGCUCAUACUCUUCAAGCAAUGGGUCAAGAUGAAGGGAUGUAUCAACAAUAUAUACCAUUGACAUUACAUUUGGCCGAAGAUUAUUUUCUAAAACAUGCUAGUAAAGAUGUUCAGCUUUUAAUAGCAUGUUGCAUCGCUGAUGUACUCAGAGUUUAUGCUCCUGAAGCUCCAUACAAAGAUCCAGAGCAAGUCAAAGGUAUAUUUAUGUUCCUAAUUAAGCAACUUGCCGGUCUAAAAGAUCCAAAGGAUCCAGCCUUUAAACGUUAUUUUUAUCUUUUGGAAAAUCUUGCUUAUGUAAAGUCUUUUAAUAUGUGCUUUGAGCUUGAAGAUUGUCAAGAAAUAUUUUGCAAAUUAUUUUCACUCAUGUUUAAAAUUGUCAAUGAUGAACAUUCAACUAAAGUGAAAUCUUUUAUGCUUGACAUUUUAUGUCCAUUAAUAUGUGAAUCUGAUAUGGUAGCCAGUGAACUUCUUGAUAUUAUUUUAAUAAACAUCGUUGAACCUAAUAAAUCACAAAGAAAAAAUGCAUAUUCAUUGGCUAAAGAACUUAUUCUUAAAUGCUCAAACACUUUAGAGCCUUAUAUCCAAUCGUUUUUUAAUCAUGUUUUAAUAUUGGGAAAGAAUGAAAAAAAUCUAGCUAUAAGUACUAAAACUUAUGAUCUCAUUUAUGAAUUGAACAGAAUCAGCCCAUCUGUAUUGUUGGCAGUGCUCCCACAACUUGAAUGCAAACUGAAGUCAACUGUUGAACAAGAACGUCAUGGUACUGUGUCCCUUUUAGCUCGCAUGUUUUCAGAAAGAGAUUCAAAUCUUGCUAGCCAUCAUAAUAUCUUAUGGCAAGCAUUUCUUAGCCGAUUUAAUGAUAUAUCUGUUAGCAUCCGCAUUAAGUGUGUUCAGUAUGCUAUGCAUUUACUUUUAAAUCAGCCUGAACUUCGCCAAGAUCUGACAGAAGCAUUACGUUUAAGAAGUUCUGAUAGUGACAUGAAUGUACGUCAUGAAACAGUUAUGGCUAUUGUAUCAACAGCUAAACAUGACUUUGAACCAAUUGCAGAUAAUGAAGAAUUACUUUUAGUUGUUAAGCAAAGAAUGUGUGAUAAAAAGUUUAAAAUAAGAAAAGAAGCUACAUCUGGGCUAGCAUUUAUAUACAAAACAUAUUUAAAUGAUCCAGACAUUCCUCAAGGCACUAAAAAAGCAUUCACUUGGAUCAAAGAUAAAAUUUUACAUGGGUAUUAUAGAACUUGUGUAGAAGAUAAAUCAUUGGUAGAACGACUAGUGAAUACAUCUUUAGUACCGUAUCAACUACCACCUGAAGAGAGAAUGAAGAGACUUUAUCAUUUGUAUGGUACAAUUGAUGAUUAUGCUAAAAAAGCUUUUAUGGAGAUUCAAAAAACUCAACUUUUAAUCCGUUCACAUUUAAAAGAAUUUCUUGAUAAUCACAAGAAAGAAGACAGUCCUCAAAAAGAUAAAGAAAUUCAGGCAAGUAUAAAAUUAUUAACUCGGUAUUUACCUGAAUCAGUUAAAGCAGCUGAGUUUAUUGGCAAAUUUUCACAACACCUAAUUAAAGAUUCUACUCUAUUAAGUUGUAUGGAUACAAUUGCCAAACAAAAUUCUAGUACUGCAGAAAUAUCCGAAGCUACUAAUUUAGUUUUAAGGAAGCUCGGUCAACCAGUAAUGACAAAUCUAUAUUACAACACUGUAAAAGCACUUUUAGAAAGAGCAUCAUCGGUGAUGAUAGACUCCCAAGCAUUAAAGGAAUUGUUUAAUCAUGUGGAAAAUUGCUUAAGUGGUGGAAAUAUGAUAGAAGAACUUGGUUUACACCCAGAAACUGCAGCUUAUAGAGGACUCGAGCUUCUUAAUGUAUUAUCAAAUACAUUUGCUUGUCACUUUUAUCAUCCAGACAUACUGGAUAAACUGUUAGAUUUAUCACAUCAUGAUGAUGAGUACAUUGCUCCUCAAGUUCUCACUAUGUUGACUACAAUUGGCAAAUAUAGUCCACUUGGUGAUUCGUACCCAGAAUUCACAGAAAAGUUAAUACCCAUAUGUAAAAAAUUGGCAGUGAGCGGUACUCCGAAACAAGCUAAAGGAGCAAUACGUUGUUUAUAUGUCAAUGUAUUUAAAUCUAAAAAUGAUAUUUUUGAUGAUAUUGUUGAGAAAACUAAAAUUAAUUUAGAACCAGAUUCAAAACAUUAUGAAACAGCAAUAGUAGCUCUUGGGCAUUUAGCUAUCAAUGUGGCUGAAAAAUAUAAUGUCCAUUUCAAGAAUAUGAUUUCUCGAAAGAUUGUUAAGGAAUUAUUAGUUAAAGUGUCUCUAAAAAGUGAACUUUAUAAUGCUGAUGCUAAUUGGUGCUCCGAAGACAUUUUACCAAAAGGCACAAAGUGUAGAGCUGAAGGUAUGAAGGCUAUGGCAAGGUGGCUUAUUGGCUUAAAGAAUGAUAAAGUAUCAGCUCAAAAAACAUUUAGAAUGUUUAAUGCUUUUUUGUCACAAAAAGGCGACCUUACACAAUCUGGAAUCUUAUCAAAAUCUGAAUUAGCUUGGUUACGACUGCAAGCAGGCUGUUCUAUGUUAAAGAUUUGUGAACAAAAAGGUGUAGGAGAUCAAUAUACAGCUGAACAGUUCUUUUUAUUAUCAAGACUUAUGAUGGAUGAAGUGUUAGAAGUGCGAGAAAUUUUUGCCGCAAAACUCCAUAAAGGUCUAGGGAGAGGUUUACCCUUCAAAUGUCUCCCAUUAGAUUUUAUGGGAAUGUACGCUUUGGCUGGACUUGAAGCAGAUGAACGAUUGAGGAGUAAAAUCUAUGACUACGUUUUAAAAGAUAUAAACAGAAGACGGGAGUAUGCCAGAAAUUUAACUCAAGGAUCUGCCACAUGUUCAAUUGAAAAAGCAAUGGCACAAUUACCACAUAUUUUACCUGAUUACAUGUUGCUGUUUGCUAUUUCAAUUUUAACACACUCUCCAGUGUAUAAAGAUAAUAGAGAUGAAGAAAGUCUGACAUUAAUGCAACAGUGCCUCUGGUUUAUUCUUGAACCAUUAAUCACCAAAAAUGAUUCUUAUAAUUUUGGAUUUUACAAAGAGAUGUUGGAGCGAGUAAAAAAUUAUGUUGACGCUGUAGAACCAACUAAUGAGGCUAUUAAUGCGAAAAUGUGGGCUCUUUGUGAUUUGGCAAUGAGCGUACUAGUAGUUCAUACUAGUACAUUUGAAACAUCUCCUUUUUCUGAAAUUAGAAUUUCAGCAAUGUUUUUCAAGAGGCACGAUGAUUCCAUGUUUGUGAACGUAAAAGUUUAUUUGCCAGAAAAAUUCCAAAUCAAACAAGUGAACAAUAAUGGGAAAAAAACAGGACUUUCAGCUGCCUUAAAAUCCACUAAGAUCCGAACUCAGAAACAUAAUAUUCAAACCAGUCGAGCUAAUGAAUCUAAAGUAAAUAAUGACACUCAAGAUUCUACCAUGUUAGACAUGUCUGUUGAAAGAGAAGAAGAUGAGGAUGUAAUUGAACCUAAACGCAGGAGAACCACUCGUAACAAUAAUUUUAGUUGA